AAUAUUAUUGAAUAUUAUGCAGCAUCGAUCCUCGCCAGGACUCGGUAUACGUGAUAUCUCGUGCGAGAAACGCGCCUAAAGUACACGCUUGAUCCUCAGGGUUCCCCAGCCUUUCCUUCCUCCAGCCUCCAGCUCCAGCCUCCAGUUAGUCCAGUUGGAGCGAUCAACCGGAUCAACACGCAAGCAAGCAGGCAGGCAGGCGGCAGGUCUAGUUACAUAAUGCAGGCAUCAUGAACGUGUUGAUACCGACGUGUUCAAAGAUGGUCGGGAUAAUGCCGUACGCCUGUAGAAACGGGCUACGUCAAGUCAGAGCUUUGCACACAGCAGCGGUUCAAAAUGCUGAGGCCAAGCUUAAGACCUUCUCGAUUUACCGUUGGAAUCCAGACAAACCUGAUGAGAAACCAUAUAUGCAGAAAUAUAAAGUUGAUCUGAAUAGUUGCGGCCCAAUGGUACUGGAUGCGCUAAUUAAGAUUAAGAACGAGAUUGAUCCAACAUUGACAUUCCGUCGUUCUUGUCGGGAAGGUAUUUGUGGAUCUUGCGCUAUGAAUAUCGGAGGAACAAACACCCUGGCGUGUAUCAGCAAAAUUGAUAACAGCACAAGCACGACAUGCGUGGUUUACCCUUUGCCCCAUAUGUAUAUCGUCAAAGACUUGGUCCCAGAUUUAAAUAAUUUCUACGAGCAGUAUCGCAAUAUACAACCUUGGCUGCAGCGCAAGGACAAGAAGGAAACUGGAAACCAGCAGUUUUUGCAGAGCGUAGAAGACCGUAAAAAGUUGGAUGGUCUCUACGAAUGUAUUCUCUGUGCUUGCUGCAGCACUUCUUGCCCAUCCUAUUGGUGGAACGGUGACAAGUAUUUAGGCCCUGCGGUACUUAUGCAAGCUUAUAGGUGGAUUAUUGAUUCGCGUGAUACUCAAGCAAAGGAGCGUCUAGAGAAAUUAAAGGAUCCAUUUUCAGUUUACCGUUGUCAUACGAUCAUGAAUUGCACGCGUACUUGUCCAAAGGGUCUGAAUCCCGGAAAGGCGAUAGCGGAAAUAAAGAAACUGUUGGCUAAUGUUAGCCAGAAGCCACAACCGGAUCUCGCCGCGUCGGGAUCUUCAUAGUAAAAGGACGACCAGGUAGACGUAUCAAGUUGUAUACAUUUGUCUUAUGUAUUAUGCACUACGUGCAGCCAACAUGUAAUUAGCGGAAUAUUUCAUACAACUGGAAAUAUGCAGAUCUACGAAAAAGCAGUUGAAAUGUCCUAGAAAUCGAAAGAUUAGUCAAGCACUACUUGUAAAUAAAACAAGCUUUCCACAUGGAA